UGAUGCGAACGGCUUUGAAUUUUGUUGUCUCAGUUAAUGUGUUUCGGUCUAACCACGCGCGCGACUUUCGACGAUUACGCUUACGAUUACGUGGUCACGCUACGCAGAACGUGUGCAUUUGUCACGGACCCGUUGCUUUUCGAUGGUUGUUUAUGGUUUGCCGUCGUCGCCGUCGUAUUCGUCCUGACGUCGUCGACGAUUCUACCGUCGCCGCUUCAUAUCGCUGACGUCGCCGCGAGUUUUUGAACUGUUGCCGUUGCAGUGGAAGUCGGUGAACGGCUUUGCUUUCUAGAGUGACGUACCUCUAGAUGCAUUUCAGUCGACUAUUGACCGGAAAUUCUGUUUUUCGGGUCGGAAUUUGGAUGGCGCGCGUGGAUCGUCGUGCCUGACAACGGGGAAUCGUGGAGAGUAGAGUGAAGUGCAGGACGCCCUCAACAUUCGAACAGAACAGCGGUUGUGUGAGGAAUGUUACGGUCAUGAAGAACAUACUUCUCGGUAUUUGAAGCUCUCGAGAAAGCACACUAGCGUGGGAGACGACACCUGGCUACAAGUUUCAACAACAGUGCUGUAAAGUGUGAAUUCCAGACUGGAAGUUUCCUGCAAUACGAUACAUAGAGUACGAGAACAAAGUGAUUGAUUGCUAGCUUGACAUUGAGCUACCCUACGAGUGAUAAAGUGCAUGUGCUCUAGAAAAGUUUUAGCUCGUGCGGAUACAAAUCGUCGUCGACGUUCGUAGUUGUUGUGCUUGGAAAACAUAAAACCGGUGAUUUAUGGUCAACCAAAUCAGUGGAUUCCUCCGGGGAGAAGAUAGAGAUAGAGAGAUUUACGAAGUCGGGGACGCCAGACUUUAGAAGUGUUACAAUUAAUCACAUCACAUUAGAAGCAACAAAAAGUUUUAACAGUCCUUCAUUAAUCAGCCCGAACAUAGUAUGAAGUUGUGAGAACUCGCGUGAUCUGCGCGCCCCAUACGUUCCUGGUAUACGAUCUGCCGAACGAAACAAGGAACGGAAUCAAGUUGAAGGAAGGAAAAAAACACAACAAACCGGAGCUGAAAUUAUAAACCGAGUUUGUGCUGAGCAGCGUAAGGCAGAAGUGCUUUCUGCUUCUCCCGAGAUCGCGCGUGGAGAUGGUUUAAAAUUUUAAAUCAGAACUCGUUUCUCAAACUAAUAUAUAUUUUAUAGCCGGCGUACCGCGCACGCCUCCCGGAGACGCCACACCGCCGCGCAGAACUUCGUGAGACUUGACGCGUGAAACUUAUGUGCGCAGAAAAGUGUGAAUAAAUAAAACUGCCAUCAGCCGGGACGACGUUUCGAUGAUGGUUCUCUGUGAGUGAUUCGAAGGCCUCUCCGUUCAGGUGACAGCUACUGAAAAGUGCGAACAAAAAGUUACUUCUGCAACGACGAGUAAUUACUGCGACGCAACGACGCCAUAUAGUCCUCAAAAGUCCAUCAGUUACGACCGUCAUCGGUGUCUCAUUGCCACAGUGCUUUUUUUUUGAUACAGUGAGAGGUGUGCUUUUAAAGUUCAUUAGGAAGCACCUGGUGGGGCCCUGAGGCCUUCUCUAGGCGGGUAAAUAGUAUCUACUAUUCAGUGGAACUGCAUCAAAUCAAAAGACAAACGGAAGAGAAAAGACAAACAGACCAACGUGCGCGACCAACUGAAGCCUCCAGUUCGGUUGGUCGAUUGGCGAGCGCUUUCCGGUCGUUGUUUGGGUGGUCGCGACAAUGGCAGUAUCCUGCCCGGAAGUUAUGUACGGAGCAUACUACCCAUAUCUUUACGGCCGUGCCGGACCUAGUCGACCAUUCUACCAAUAUGAGCGGUUUAACCAAGAUCUCUACUCGUCAACCGGAGUCCCGCUGGCUGCGUCUUCGAGUACGUCAGCUGGAUCGCACUCCCCAUGUUCACCGCUUCUGCCGCCUUCCCUGUCGUCGAACGUCGUAGCAUCGGCAGCCACCGCUCAGACGUCAACCUUAGCCUCCUCGUCAGCCACCUCCACCUCAAACACCACGAUACCAACGAUACCACUCGGGGCACUCCAGAGGCACAUUACCAAAGAGGAAGACAUCAGUACGGCGCGAAGUGAUACGGAAGGAACCAUUCCGGGAGCGCACAAUGACAGUUCCUGCUCCUCGGGUCCUGAUUCGCCAAAUAACCUGCACCACGACGGAAGCGGUGGUCCGGGAGGAAGCGGAAGUGGGGGACCGGGUGGCAGUGGGAGUCUUGGGGGUGGUGCUGCAAGCAGUGAUGCUUCGGGUGGUGGCGGAGGCCGAGCGCAGUACCUCUCGGCGACGUGCGUCGUGUUUACCCAUUAUUCGGGCGAUUCGGCUAGCGUGGUGGACGAGCACUUCUCGAGGGCGUUAAAUUUUAGUGAUAAAAAUAAUAAAGAAGGUUACAGUUCCAUGUCGAGUAGAAACUUUCCCCCAUCCUUUUGGAACAGCAAUUACGUUCAUCCCACCCCUGCGCCGACACACCAUCAGGUUUCCGAUCUGUACUCGACGGACGGGGGCUACUCGACAGAUCCAUGGCACGCGGCGCACUACGGAUCGUACGCCCAUGCCGCGCACGCACACGCAGCCCAUGCGCACGCGUACCACCACAACAUGGCGCAGUACGGCAGCUUACUGAGGUUACCACAGCAAUACGGACACACGUCCAGGCUACACCACGACCAACAGACGGCACACGCGCUGGAAAGUGCCGCCGCUUAUUCUAGUUAUCCUACCAUGGCAGUCUUCACUCCGACGGUAGAAAAAUCCGGAUUCUUGGGUGAACGCUAUCUGAUGAUGGUUAUUGCCGUAUAUGGAGAUGGCAAAAACUUGCAGUUGCGAAGCAAUUUGGUGAUGGCCAAUUUUUGCCAAUUAUUGUUGCACUCGAGUCUCGGCAAUUGA